GAGCUGGGAAAAGAGAGGCAGUGGGAACGGUGGUGGUGGCGGUGGCGGCAAGAACCAGAGCCUGAGCCGGAGCCCGGCGCCGAGACCGACCGAUCAUCCGGCGGGUCUGGGCAAAGCAGACCCGGCGCAGCAAGUCCUCCCACGACUCUAACCAGGUCCUCGAGAGCCGGGCUCUGCACUGGCCUGGGAGUCAGGGGCGCGAGAGCCGAUCCCAAGUCAGGAUUUCCUUGGCCUCGGACGGGGGCUGGCCCUUUUGAAGGCGCCUUCUUCAACAGCAGAACGAGGCAGGCCACCAUGACCGAGAACUCCACGUCCACCCCUGCGGCCAAGCCCAAGCGGGCCAAGGCCUCCAAGAAGUCCACAGACCACCCCAAGUACUCAGACAUGAUCGUGGCUGCCAUCCAGGCGGAGAAGAACCGCGCUGGUUCCUCGCGCCAGUCCAUCCAGAAGUACAUCAAGAGCCACUACAAGGUGGGUGAGAACGCUGACUCCCAGAUCAAGUUGUCCAUCAAGCGUCUGGUUACCACCGGGGUCCUCAAGCAGACCAAAGGAGUGGGUGCCUCGGGGUCCUUCCGGCUAGCCAAGAGCGACGAGCCCAAGAGGUCAGUGGCCUUCAAGAAGACGAAGAAGGAAGUCAAGAAGGUGGCCACGCCAAAGAAGGCAGCCAAGCCCAAGAAGGCUGCCUCCAAAGCUCCUAGCAAGAAGCCCAAAGCCACCCCAGUCAAGAAGGCCAAGAAGAAGCCGGCUGCCACGCCCAAGAAAACCAAAAAACCCAAGACUGUCAAGGCCAAGCCAGUCAAGGCAUCCAAGCCUAAGAAGGCCAAACCAGUGAAGCCCAAAGCCAAGUCCAGUGCCAAGAGGGCCAGCAAGAAGAAGUGACAGUGAAGCCUUUCUUGUGGACACUCCUGUCUGUCUCCUAUUUUCUGUAAAUACUUUUUUCUUCUCUUACUCAUCUGUAGCCCCUUGCCCCUUUCUAUUCUGACUUUGUAAGAGACAGAAUUUGGAUUCCUCAGAAAUUAGGGAAUAGUUCAUUUUUCCUUAACCGGUUGUGCAAGGACAGCGACAGCAGUCUCAUCUCUGUAAUGAUGAGAAUGUACUUAUAUUUUGUUUUGUUAAUUUGUUAUUAAUCUACUUAUGGGUUUAGGGUUUGGGGUGGGUUUGUGUUUUUAGUUGGGAGGUUUGUUUGCUAUGAAGAUAAAAGUGGAAAUCGGGAAGGCAGCUUGUUCUGGCUAGAUGAGAGGGAGCCCAAGAAUUAUAUGGUUUGUAGGAGUAUAUUUAAGAGGAGCUAGUUUUCUUAAGUUGAGCAACCCUUGUGAGUUUCAGAGCCUUGGCGGGGAGAAGGGGUGGCAGCAGCUGGAUGCAAAGGAGGGAGGUGGAAUAAACCCUCCCUGGCCUGACUUCCAUCUCUCAAGUGAGCAUUGGGGUUGGGGGUCCAAAUCCGG